AAACCACAGGCGCCCAUUCUGUCUCUAUCUCUCUCUGUCAUGCGCAAGACUUCUACGCCACCUCCUCUGUCUCUCUCUCUCCUAGCUUGCUCCUCUCUCUCUCUCUCUCUGCGAGAUUAUCUAACGAUCGAUUCCCAGAUCAUCCUUGCGAUCAAAGGUUCAGUUUCCAUCACUCGAAUCGCUGAUUUCGACAGUUUUGAAGCAAACAAUCGACCGAGAAGAUGAGGAAAAAAAGUAAGAAACCUGAAUCUCUCUAAUCUAUUCAUUGCUCACAGUGCAUAGAGCAAAGCAAUCGACAACGGAACCAUAAAUCGUCUUAAAAUUACGAUCCUAAAUGAUGAGGUGAGUGGCGUCACUCGACCAAAUGAUCAGACCCUUGACGUCGUCGCUUUACCCAUAAACUCAACGAACAAAACUCAAAGCCACCACACAACCAUUCAUCCCUCUCCUCAUCCUUCCCCCACUACCACUACCGCCGUCGCGCCCCGCCGUGGCUCGGAUCGGCUCGGCGAGUUUCACACGGUCUACUCGUACAUACAUACAAACAUAAAGCUAUUAUAUUGAUAUAUAUACAGAUCAUCUAAUCAUAGCUGUAAAUUGUAAAUAUAGAAGGGCGGUGAUGAGAGGGAGCUUGCUGGGGCGUCGGACGGCGACGAGACUGCGGCAGGUGGUGAUCUCCGCCGUGAAAUCUGCCAAGAUCAAGUUGUUGUUGUGUUGCUGCGUGUUGUUCGCUUUUUUCGCAACCCGUACGGCGCCGUUUCUGGGAUGGACGGAUCACGCUGAUUCUCUUAAUUCGUUCUCUGGUUCGAGGAGGGGAUAUGCUCUUGUAAUAAACACGUGGAAGAGAAAUGAUCUAUUGAAGCAAUCAAUUUCUCACUAUACAUCAUGUCGUGGGCUUGAUUCAAUACGCAUUGUGUGGAGUGAGCCUAAUCCUCCAUCAGAUAACCUUGUUAAAUUUUUAACCCAAGUUGUUCAGUCAAAUUCUAGAGAUGGCCAGCAGAUUGAGUUGAAAUUUGACAUCCAUGAAGAAGACAGUCUGAACAACAGGUUCAAAGAACUUAAGGAUUUGAAGACAGAUGCUGUCUUGUCCAUCGAUGAUGACAUCAUAUUCCCGUGCUCUACAGUUGAGUUUGCUUUCAGCGUUUGGCGAACUGCACCAAAUGCAAUGGUGGGAUGGGUGCCGCGUAUGCAUUGGAUUGAAAAACUGAAUGGCAAUGCUGGUCGUUAUAUAUAUGGAGGAUGGUGGUCUGUUUGGUGGACGGGUACAUACAGCAUGGUACUCUCCAAGGCUGCGUUCUUCCACAAAAAGUAUCUCAGUCUGUACACGAAUGAGAUGCCAGCAUCCAUUAGAGAAUAUGUUGCCAAGAAAAGGAACUGUGAAGAUAUUGCUAUGUCUUUCCUUGUUGCAAACGCAACUGGUGCUCCCCCAAUUUGGGUGAAAGGUAAAAUAUUUGAGAUUGGUUCAACUGGAAUUAGUAGCUUGGGAGGACAUAUCGAAAGAAGGUCAGAAUGUGUGAAUAUGUUUGUGGCCGAAUAUGGACGAAUGCCUUUGGUGUCAACUUCCUUGAAAGCAGUGGAUAGCCGCAACAUUUGGUUUUGGUGAUUCCGAGAUAUCUCAUACCUUUUCUAAUUUUCCACUCGUUUAGUUUGCUUAGUUAAAUGAUUGUAAUUUGUUCCCAACUUCUGUAAAUAGGUUACCACGUACUCGCUUCAUCACUUUUUAAGUGUCCUGUUUCGUAACCCCGACAUAUUAAAAAGACAUCAUCAUUAUACCUUUCAUAUGCCUAAAAUGGAAUACUGGACUCUAAAUAAAGGACAGAGUGAGUAACUUGUAUUUUUUUGAGCA